AUGAAUAACUGCUCUAUUGAAUUACGGUCCCGUAAAAAUAUAAUUCACAUCGAAUAUAUUUUGAUACAAGACGGUUCCGAUGGAAUAAGUUUCGACGAAUUGUAUGCAGCCAGUGCCAUUCCUCCCCCAGGUCCCCCCGACCCCCCCAGCGGCACGCCCUGCCUCUCCGCCUCUGGCCACACCGUCACAGUGACCUGGAGCAGCGCCCCCUACGACGGCGGCAAGAUGGUGAACGGCUACGCGGUGGAGCACUGCCUGGUGGGCAGCGACAUCUGGCGGGCGGCCGUGACGGAGUGCCACUCGCUCAGCUAUCAAGUGAGAGGGCUGCAGCCGGGCGGACGGUACGUUUUUCGGUCCAUUAUUAAUUCCAUCAUUCAUGUUGUAGAUGAAUCUGGGGUGUUCGAACCCCGAAUAGUAACCGUAGAACCUGGUCCCGAGUUCAAAUCCCGUUACGAAGUUCUAGAGGAACUGGGCAAAGGCCGUUUCGGCGUGGUCCACAAGGUCAUCGACAAAGAGAAGAACCAGAAGCUGGCGGCCAAGUUCAUCAAGUGCAGGACGUCCAAGGACAGGGACAAAGUGCAAGACGAGAUCGACAUCAUGAAUCUGCUGAGGCACCAGAAACUGCUGCAAUUGGCUGCCGCGUUCGACAAUCCCAGAGAAAUGGUCAUGGUGAUGGAAUAUAUUUCUGGUGGUGAACUCUUCGAAAGAGUGGUAGCUGACGAUUUCACGUUGACAGAGAAAGAUUGCAUACUGUUCAUGCGGCAAAUUUGCGAAGGCGUCGCUUAUAUGCACACACAGAACAUUGUUCACCUGGAUCUGAAACCCGAAAACAUAAUGUGCCAUACCAGAACAUCACAUGAAAUCAAAAUCAUCGACUUUGGACUCGCUCAGAAAAUAGACCCCAAGGAACCUGUUCGGGUCUUGUUUGGCACCCCUGAGUUCAUACCCCCUGAAAUCAUCAAUUACGAGCCAAUAGGAGUUGAAUCGGAUAUGUGGUCCAUUGGAGUCAUCUGCUACGUUCUAUUAUCUGGUUUAUCUCCAUUUAUGGGUGAUAAUGAUUCCGAAACAUUUGCUAACAUCACUCGAGCAGACUAUGACUUCGAAGACGAAGCUUUCAAUACAGUCUCUCAGAAUGCCAGGGACUUCAUUGGGGCGUUAUUAGUCAAAAGAAAAGAGAUGGCAACACUGUCAGCAAGCCGGAGGAACUCUGCAAACUCCACUCCGAAUACUCCCAGGCCUUCCAUAUCAGGCAGCUCUCUACCCAGAAUGUCCAGCUUGAACGAAGAAGACUCUACUUCGAGCCUGAACGACAGCAAUACCUCUUUCGAUGUCAGUAAUAUAUCAACAAAGGAUGACCUAGAGAAAACCUGUGAAGAAAUCGAAAAUUUCAUGUCCCGAAACAACAUUAUUACACCUUCAAAAACGAAAGCUAUCGAUGAAACUAAAACUCCAACUACCAAAAUCAUUAGGAGCAGAGCUUGUAGUGAAAGAAGUGACAGCGGUAUAAGCGACUGCUCUACACACCCAGCGUCGAGUAGUUGCACCUCCACCCCUCUGUUGGGAAAAAAGUUCUGCAUAAACGAAGAAGUUGAAGAUACAGACGAGGAAAAGAUCUUCAAUACUUCUACCACGCUAGUCCUCAGCAGGAACAAUAGUUUUAAUGGAAAGAAAGGAGAUUACAAGGUUUUGAGGAGUGAUAGUAACGAAGUUGAGGACCUAAACCUGUCCAAUGGGAAGAAACCCCCCUCAGGUUUGAGUUUGAAAUUGUGUGAUAAGAUAGAGACUUUCAGCAAUGUUUCUACAAAAUCCAAAUCUGGCACUGCGUCAAACAGCCUGAAGAGGUUACCAAUCUACACUUCAAGAACUGUAGCAGGUACGAUCAAGAAAUUCGACUUUUCCCCAACGACUCCGGAAAAAUCUAUAGUCCCUUCAACGAAGAAAAACUCGUUUUCAGAAAAAUGUAAUAUAUCCGAAAAUAAUAACAAUAACCACGACGAUUCGAAAUCAGAUAAGAUGCUAAAUGGCAACAAACAUGUUUCAAGGGUUGAUAGGAUUUUAGAAAAACUAUCUAUAAAUGACAAUGUUAUGUGUUCUGCUAGCACAACUGUAGCCACUGUAAGGUACAGAAGCCCUUCUCCUUCUAUAUUGAAGAAAGCUAGAGCAGUUACAGGUAAAAAUAAUUUAGACGGCGGACAAGAAAUGAUAGAUUCGCCACCAAAAUUCAAUUCAAUUAAAAUAUCUUGCCCGCAAUCUCCUCUUGUAAAUAAAAAAGACAAACCAAAAAGUGAGAGUUUCCAAAAAGCAUCUGCCUUUUGGAGCUCUCCAAAAACUUAGAUGAGGCAACGCACAUUUUUGACUUUAUUUUCGUGAAUUUUAGUGUACAUAUAUCAAUUUAUUUACUUAUACCAAAUUAGUGCCUUGAUGAAUAUUGUUUUUAGAUUUAGUGACAAAGUUUUAUUAUUGUGUUAAAACAGAACUGUUGUGUACUCUCCAUUACAUUUACAUGUUAUAUUGUACCUACAUAUAUUUACCUAUAUAUUUAUCUCUUUGAUUUGAUGAAUAAAAUAUCCAUUGUUCACUC